AUGGCGUGGCCCUGCAUCAGCCGCCUGUGCUGCCUGGCACGGCGCUGGAACCAGCUGGACCGCUCCGACGUGGCGGUGCCGCUGACCCUGCACAGCUACUCGGACCUCGAGGGCGAGGAGCCGGGUCCUGGCGGCGCUGCCUUGCGCAGGGGCCCAAGCGCCCGGGAGCCGAGCCGGGACGUUCCGCUCACGCAGUACCAGUGGGACUUUGGCGUGCGGACAGCGCCUGCGGGGCCCAGCGAGGGGCCGCAGGGGCGCAGGGCGGGGGCUGGCAGCCGCAGGGACAAGCCCCCGGCUCCUGGCGACCGGUCGGUCUACGUGCUCCCCAUCGGCGACACGGACGGUACCGCAGCAGUGACCACGUCGUACAGACAGGAAUUCCAGGCCUGGACGGGAGUGAAGCCUUCAAGAGUUACAAAGGCAAAACCAACCACGGUCAUCAGCACUCACAGCUCUGGGUGGGACAGCGGCCCUGGGACCAGCUUCCAGGAUCCAGAGGUGAGGAGGAAGUUCAUCCCCAACCCCUCGGCCAUCUUCCAGGCUCCAGCGCCACGGAUCCUCAAUGUGUGACUGGCCAUGCCCUGGAGGUCAGCAGCAGCUGUGCUUUCUUCAGGCCACCGGAGGACUGCGUGGACCCUGGCUUGGUCCUCCUGCCUUCAGAGGGAAUGGGCCCGGCUCACUCUACAGACCCCUCUCAGGCUGCCCCUGGGCUGCUGGGCCGGGCUCGGGGCUGACAAGAGACAGAUGGAAUCAGUACCCCAGUUCAACUCUGGGCCCCAACCACUCCUCCCUUGAGGAUUUUGUGGAAGGCGUCACAUCUUUUAAUAGCUCUUUUUGACCACCCUUCAGUUUUUAAAUCUGAAGAACAUGGUGCCAGCGUCACAGAACUUGAAGAUCAAUUCUGUUGUGACCUGAACUGGCCCACGGGGGCUGAAGAAUAUUGACUUAGGAGGUCCUUGAAGAACCAGCAGUGUGUACUUCUAGUUGUUUUCCAGGAUGCAUGAUGAUUUAUUAAUUUUAUAACCUGUGGUAGUCCAAGGUGAUGUCCUUGGACGGUCCUACAAAUGGCUCCACAAUGUAGAAGCAGGUCAGGUUAUCACUUGCACGUGGUUCAUGGUGAUGCUGCGAGACGGGGAAAGGCUUUCAAAAGAAACAAUGUCAAUCAAAGACAUUUCUUUAUGGCCACGAUGAUCCUUGUUUUAACAAAGGUUUCUUGGGAUGAAUUCCUGAAGCCCUGCACGAAUGACGGACACCUUGUGGGAGGUUUCUAAUGACUGGGCCCCCCAUUUUACUACCAGUUUCUGUUUUUCCCCUAACACAGCAAUGAUUAGAAUGGGAAUACCAAACACACUAAGAAUUGGGAGCUCCUUUUCUGGAAGGUGGCACUUGCCUCAGUCCCUGAAAGACCUUAAAACAUCACAUGAAACCAACCCCACCACCCACCCCUGCCCUGCUCUCUCACUGUUGGUGGCUGAGGCUCACGGCUUCCUCUGGAGGCUGUUCAUGUGUCUGGAAAGCAAACGGAUGGAAAUCUCCAAUUUUCUCCAUAAAUCCCAGCCACUAUGGCCAUGUGGGCAUGCUGGUUUACAUCUCAGAGACUGGAGGCUUGGGGUUUUUUAGAUCAGGACACGUGAAGAUUUUCCUUUGGGUCUUUGCAGGCUCUCGUAUGUGAGCCUUUGCUGUCAACCAUGGGCCGUGCCAUCAGACUUUACAAGCACCCAAGAUGGGGCAGAGGCACGUGCUCCCAGCUCAGGCCACAAAGGGAGCUGCCCUCAGCUGUGGCCUUCACCCUCCAGCUGUGACAGGCACGGCCCCUCCCUCCAGCUGAGGAACCGCCCUCUCCUUUACAGAGAGAACCAAACCCGUACAAAGGAUUCUUUCAUUUCAGACUUAAUCGGUUUGCAUGUUAGAUGUCUCUGAGAAGAGCCUGCCUGCUGGGCACUCUGGAGGAAAUAAACAGAUUAACCACACAAUCUGAGAUUUUACUAAAAUGAAAAAAUAUAGUUUCAGUUUCUUUCUUUAAAUUAAUUAUAAACACAGGUGAUUUCUCAUACUUCUUGUCUCUUGAUAACAGGGAUUUUAAUGUGCCGUGGUUACUACCAGGGUCCCUGGGAACCCAGUGAUCCUGAGGAGUAUCCACCUCGGGGGCUGCAGGGUAUAUUGCGCUGCUUGAGUCUGCCAACCUCCCCUUUCAUGUCUGUCCCUCCCUCCACCCCCAGCCCCCAUCGGGGACCCUAGGGCAAAAGGAGUCUUUGAAGCUAGUCUUGGGCUCAGACCCUGGC